UGUUAUUCCUAUAAAAUAAUAUAUUCUUAUGGGAAGAAAACAGUGAAAUAACACAGGCCCCUUUGCCUCUCCAUUCUGCCAUUUAACAACACAAAUUAAUUCCUGGUUUAUAUGUAAACUUUAAGUAAUGUGCAUCCCAUACAGCCGGGGGCUUCAAAACUUGCAUUAGUGCAAACAAAGAAAGCACGCUGCUAGAGGUAUAGCAGCCGCGCAUAAUGAGGUGCCAUUUGUUUUGUAAACUAAUACUCUGAGCAAUAAUUUCCUUGAUGUCCUGACGUAUCUGCCAUAACUAUGCUAACAAGAUCCACGGCAACUAUAAAUGUCACAAAUUAGAGACAUGGACUUCACGGACAUGUAUGGGUUAAUGAGAUAUUUGACAUCCUGUAUUAAAAUGGCCAUUCACGGGAACGUAAUUUACUUAUAACAGAUAAGCACGAUGCAACUAAAGUUUAAUCUGUGUGAUCUGGAAAAAAAAUGUUUAUAUUUCAUUAAAAACCGGUGCGUCCAGUUUACUGUUUGUGAGCGCAAAAACAUCUUCAGGAAAAUUACACCGCCAAGUAAAUAAAAGGCUCUUAACGAUGUCAGAUUCCGACCACAUCGUAGGUAAGAAAUACAUGUAAAAAUAGUUAUGUAGAUGGAAAUAAUAAACUAGUAAAGGCAAUCUUAGAGGCCCGCAAGUCUUGUAGGCUGUCUGGACGUCAAUGCACUCUUUUUUUAUCAGUUUUAAGCACUUUUUUACAGGGAUAAUUGACAGCAAGAUCCUUCUGUUUAAAUAAAAGGCAGCCGGAAUAAUGGAUUAGACUGUCCACCAAUUUUGUCGCAGUUAUUUAAACAGUUUUCCUAUUAAAUUUUUAUCGUCCUGUACGAUAACGGGCUUUAAAAUAUUUUCAUGCAAUGUCUGCUCAAAUUGAGUAUUAAGUUAUUGACGUAUAAAGACUUUUAAUCACGAAGGACUUUCAUCUUUCAUUGUUCAUGAAUUAUUGACAUUGUCCACCAGCAAAUUCAUUCGGAGGUAUCCCGUAUGUGGCUCUGUUUUUACAUUUAUAAUCAUUUAAUUUAUAUCUAUUUUCUUCUAUUACGGUCUUGAAAGGAUAGUAUAUAUUUCGGCAUUUUUAAUUUGACUUAUCACAUAUCAGGAUUAAAAAUGAACAUGUUUUGACUUGUAUAUACUAACGACAACCGAGUAUAAACUACAAAAACGAAAAUUGGUCAAUGAUUCUAUGAAAGUUGCAAAAUAGAAAGGGCAUGCACCUGGAAACUAAAAUAGAAAUUAGGUCGCAGGUAAAAUAAGGUGAAAUUACAUACAACGCGUGGUUGAAAAGGAAAAUAAUAAUUUCAGUUUCCUGCCUAUUUUGCUUUCAGGUUGAACUCACAAUUCCAAUUUAUAACCGUCCUCUUGGGGAAUAACACCCUUCCUCAAAUAUUAACUCAAGCUGGCGUAUUGUUGAGAAACUAAUCAGCAUAUUUGUGGGACAAAAUAACCUUUCGUGACUUGAGUCCGGUCAAUUCACCUCGUCAAAAAACAUCUUUAAGUCUUGUGACUUACGUCAACCUUACAAAGUUGAAAUGGCCUCUGUAAACGACGUGGUUCUCUCGGCCACUUUUUUACUGUUAUCCCUAACCGAUUUUGUUGGAAACGUAUUGGUUUGCUUAAUAAUUCUUCAGCGAAAGCGGUUCAAGUUUCGUCGUUCGACUCUUGACUUUCUCUUCCUAAACUUGGCGUUGGCAGACAUAACGGUAGCAGUGUUUGCAAUUCCGCGGUAUGUGUUGAACCACGCUUUCGCACAUCCUCUUGGCUCCGUAGGCGACUUCUUGUGCCGUUUUAUCACGGGAGGAAAUCUCAUGUGGAUCGGAGGGGCAGCAUCUGUCUUUACACUGGUGACAAUCGCCUUCGAACGCCGCCAUGCUUCCCGGCCUUAUCAGGUUCGUCGCAAGUUGUCCAAGUCGAAACUGCGAGUAUUAGUGUCAUCUUCGUGGGUUUUCGCUUGCUUACUCAAUCUUCCUCUGUUUUUUAUCAUGUCUUAUGACGACCGAAGCAACUUUUGUGUAGAAAACUGGCCAGAUCCUCUGCUUCCUAAAAUCUACGGAAUAAUUUGGUUUUCUGUAGUCGGAGCAAUACCUGUUUCCAUCAUGGCGGUAUUAUACUCUAAAGUGGUUUAUCAUCUGUGGGUAAAGAGGUCAAUAGCAAGGCUUCAUCGUAGAGCCAUUUUAAUUCCAAGAAAAGCCACCAAAAUGGCUAUCACGUUAACAGUUAUUUAUUCAAUAUGUUGGUUGCCAAAUCUGAUUCUCUACAUCCUGGCAUUUAACAUUUCCGAUGCCAUGUACGGCUCACCACUGUAUAGAUGGACUGUGCUGUUGACCUGUUUGAACUCUACAGUCAAUCCCUUUGUGUACACUCUUCAAAGUCGACGCUUUAGAGCCUCUGUCAAGCGAGCUCUGUUGUGCAAGUAAAGUAAAAGCUCGGUAUUGUCUUCAUGGAGACACUAGGAAUAACUUGGCACAGUUAUGUUAACGAAAUAAACUGAGAUGGAUGAUCCUUUGCCACAGAUACACUUAACAUACAAACAAAAAGAAGGCCGGACGGUACUGAGAAGGGGGAAACUUGAUUCGCAUUCUGAAAUCACUCUUGAAUGGGAAUUACCAGUCACAAGUGAUCCAAAUUUCGAAAUAAAAGUGUAAUAACAUGAAUCAGUCGGUUCAUAGCGAUGAAACGCCUUACAUGAAUGCGGUUUCAGCCAAAAGUGAAAUCUUUAGGAACGGCGGUUUUGGCAAGGCUGCGUUUGACGGCUGUGACAAGCACACCAGCGGCGUUACGAGUUGGCUAUGCCUUAGGCAAAGGGGGAACUUAUUAUUCACGCUCGCCAUAGUUUAAUCACGGGAUUACGAUUUUAAAGUCACCGGCUGUCUGUUAAACAGGAAACCGAAAGAAUAAACAUUCCGAAUCGACCACUUGACUCCCUUCGAUUACAUAUCAAUGUUUUCAGCUUCUUGUACAAACGACCUAAAAAAAAAAAAGAUGACAAAGCUUAAUACUUUUAAUAAUAAUAAAAAGGAAAGAUCUUCAUUAAACUAGACAGGUGAACUCAAGACUGCUGAACAUAUCUCGAAAUCCUCCAAAAGCGCCGGCUACUUUGAAAGAUGCAAACCAAAGUAUUCAAAGAGGAAUUGAAGCAAAGUACGAUUUAAAAGUUUUGAUUAUGUAACCUACUCACAAUAUUUCUUGGAAAGCCUACCACUGCAGUUGAAAGUAUUUAUCAUUCAUAGUGUUCAGCCACAAAUUACUGAGUCAUAUGCUAAGUUAGUGAUUUUCAUAUUAGUCAUGUAAUUAGCAUCGAGAAUGGCAAAGUUUCCCUUGCUGUUUAUACUCUGGCGUCAGCGACUUUGGCGGUCCAGCGAUGAAAAUCAGGAAACUUGCGUUUUGUUCUGUUUUCUCGCGUUUCCCUUUCUAAGCUGCUUAAUGCGGGUUGACCGAGAUGGGCUAUAUUGUACUCGACUUCACGAGAUUUGAAUAAGUCUCGAAAUCCUCUCCGAAAGCGUUCAUUUUGAAAGCUGUAAACGAAAGGGUUCACAGAGGAAUUGAGGAAGACAAACACCACGGAAGCGUUGUAUGCGACUGAGCCGUAACUGAUAUUGGGAAUUCCAUAAUACGAAAUGGAAUGUAACACCACAGCUGGAGUCCAGAAUAAAGCAUAAAGCACUGUUACAAUCAGAAUCAUUUUGGUGAUCUUCUUUCUCGCUCGCAGCAGAGCAAAUCCCGAAAGCUCUCGCACAGGAGGUGUACCAGAAAACUACAAACAGUGGACAAUUCUUCCAUACAGAUAACCCAUCAAGGACAGGGGAAUCAGUGAGUCUAGUGUUACACUCUACUCAAUCUCGCACAGGAACUACUACAAAACUACAAUGACAACACGUUUUCUCAUCGAUCCUCGUUUCGUUUUCAAUUCUCGCCAACGCGUGGGAUUUUCGAUCCCAUAAUAAUAAGUAACCUGGGGCUGGGCUCAGUCCCUCACGUUCUACUUGUAACACACUC